UCUCUCUCUCGCGCGCUGUACAGAUUCAAAGUUCAAACGCAUUUAGACUCUUCUCCUUUUCUUUCCUUUUCAAAAAGCCCCCAAUUCAACUCUUUGAUUGCUCAUUCAAAAGCAGCCAUAUUUAUUUUUUUGUUUAACAAUGGAGGAUAAUCAAUGGCAUGACCCACUUCUUCUCACAGACGUUUCUUGGCAACAAGACAGCUCCAACUCCCAUUCCCACCACAAUUGCCCUCCAUCGCCGAGCUCGCAAACUUCAACAAUGGCAGAUCCCGACGCAUAUCUUGGUCGGUCCAUGUUGGGAUUUUCCCUUACGUCUCCUGAUUUGGUUAUCUGUGCCGGCUCGCCCGAUAUGUCGGGUGUCAGCAAUGGAGAUUUCCCUCAGUUCUUGGAGAAUAAAUUCCAUCAGAACAUAGGGUCGUCUGUAGAGCUGUCUCUAGAAAAUGGCAUUAAUGGGUCUGAAAUUGAAGAUACCCAGAAGACCCCAGCAGUAAAGUUCUCUACUGCAUUGUGCCAGAAAUUUAGAGAAGAGUUCUCUCCCGGGGCCUCCUUCGAUCUUCAUCCGCCACUCAUGCCUGAAGAUCGUCUUCUGGUUUUAAGCAUUAAUGCAGGGUCCAACGAUGGGGCUGUGACUUUGGGUGAGAUAAAUUUCCUGGAGGACAGUUGUUUUGACGGCGGUGAUACAGUAAGAACAGACGCUGUAGAGCCUCAACUUUACCAAUCAGCGCGCUUUGGGAAUUUUUCGUACAACUUUGGAUCCUUGGAGUCUGGCGGUUAUGUUGUUGAUCUUCACUUUGCAGAGAUUGUUUUCACUGAGGGCCCCCCUGGGAUGAGAGUGUUUGAUGUCUAUAUACAGGAGAAAAAGGUUGUUUCCUGCCUAGAUAUAUAUGCUCGUGUUGGUGGAAAUGAGCCUCUAGUUGUGUCAGGCCUUAAUACUUUCGUUGAUGAUGAAAAGGGCUUGUGCAUUAGAUUUGAAGGAGUGUUUGGGAGCCCAAUUCUUUGUGGCAUUUCCAUAAGGAAAGAUUUUCCAGCUAAUUCCCGAGAAGUUGAAUUGCUCAAAGUCACGGCAGUGUCUCAACUGGCAGAACGUGAGCUACCAAAAGAUGAUAGUAACUUCAAUGUGGAAGGAAAUCAUCGAAAGGUCCUAGGAGAUUUUGAGUGCCAGAAAAUGGAACUAGCGGAGACAAGAAGAAUGUUGGAGGAACUUAAGAGGGAGAAUCAAGUUAAGAGCAGAGAAUGCCAAAAAGCUUGGAAGUCUUUACAGGAGCUCCAGAAUGAGCUCAUGCGCAAGUCAAUGCAUGUUGGAUCUUUAGCUGUUGCCGUUGAGGGUCAAGUGAAAGAGAAGAGCAAAUGGUUUUCAUCAUUGAGAGACUUGACAAGAAAACUUAAGAUCAUGAAAAUGGAACACAUCAAGCUAGCAGAGGAAGCAAGGACAUAUAAGGAGUGCCUUGCAGAUUUGGAUGAAAUGAGGGCUACCGUUCACUCGGCAAUAAACCAGCAAGUACAUUUACAUGAAGGCCUUAAGAUUAAAUUUAUUGAAGGGGCCAAGGAACGAAAAGAAAUUUACAACAGGAUGUUGGAGUUGAAAGGAAACAUAAGGGUCUUUUGCCGGUGUAGGCCUCUAAAUACUGAAGAAAUUGCAGCAGGAGCUGCAAUGGCCAUUGAUUUUGAAUCUGCUAAAGAUGGUGAACUUACUGUAAGAUUGAAUGGAGCCCCUAGAAAGACUUACAAGUUUGAUGCUGUAUUUGGCCACCAAGCAACCCAAGCCGAUGUUUUUCAAGACACAGCUCCAUUUGUAACCUCAGUUCUAGAUGGGUUCAACGUCUGCAUAUUUGCUUAUGGGCAGACUGGAACAGGAAAAACAUUUACGAUGGAGGGUACAGAAGAAGCUCGUGGAGUAAAUUUUAGGACUCUUGAGCAAUUGUUUUGCAUAAUUAGGGAGCGACAAAAGCUAUAUCGAUAUGAUGUAUCUGUAAGCGUCUUAGAAGUCUACAAUGAGCAAAUACGAGAUUUGCUAGUCUCAGGAGCUCAGCCAGGAGUAGCUGCGAAAAGGCUUGAGAUAAGACAAGUCGGAGAGGGAAUACAUCAUGUUCCGGGACUGGUUGAGGCACAUGUUAACAGCAUGACUGAGGUCUGGGAAGUUCUACAGACUGGCAGUAAUGCAAGGGUUGUUGGCUCAACCAAUGCCAAUGAGCACAGCAGCCGAUCCCACUGUAUACACUGUGUGAUGGUGAAGGGGGAGAAUUUGUUGAAUGGAGAAUGCACAAGAAGCAAGUUAUGGUUGGUGGACCUGGCAGGAAGCGAGCGAGUCACCAAGACAGAAGUGCAGGGUGAACGACUUAAGGAAACCCAAAAUAUUAAUAGAUCUCUUUCUGCACUUGGUGAUGUUAUAUCCGCUCUUGCAACUAAAAGCGCGCACAUCCCUUUCAGAAACUCCAAGCUCACACACUUGCUUCAAGACUCUCUAGGAGGAGAUUCAAAGGCAUUAAUGUUUGUACAGAUCAGUCCUAACGAAAAUGAUUUGAGUGAGACCCUUUGCUCACUGAACUUUGCAAGUAGAGUGAGAGGAAUAGAACUGGGACCAGCAAAGAGGCAACUGGACACCAGUGAACUUCUGAAAUACAAACAAAUGGUGGAGAGAACUAAACAAGACGCAAAAAGUAAAGAUGUGCACAUCAAGAAGAUGGAGGAAACAAUUCAGGGAUUGGAUUUGAAGAUAAAGGAAAGAGAUCUUAAAACAAAAUACCUGCAAGAUAAGGUUAAAGAAUUGGAAUCACAACUGCUAAUUGAGAGGAAACUAGCACGUCAACAUGUGGACACAAAGAUAGCCGAGCAGCAACAGCAGCAACAAAUGAAACAUCAACAAGACGAUCAAAAUGCUGCACCAAUGAGGCCGCCACUGGCAAAUCGACCAUUAGGAAGUUACAAGAAUCUAAAUGAACCUGUGAGUAGUACAUUGGGCAAAGACCAAGUAAGUCUCACCCGACCAUUUUCAGAGAACAGCUCCAACCCCUCGAUGCCCCUUCAUCCAACCGAUGGCUUUGUCAAAUAUAUUGAUCCUACAGAGAAGGAAAACAAUAUUGGGAUGGCCGAACAACCCUUAUUUCAAAAAAGGACUGGAAGGGCUUCUAUUUGCACAAUGGCAAAGCGGAUUCCAGCAGCUCCUGCUCCAAGGCGCAGCUCUUUAAUCCCAUUCCCAAGUGCACCGAGCUCAAACCCGCUCCCAUCACCGUUGUUACCAUUCCCACCAUAUCAAGCUGAUAAGAAAGAAGACACAAAUGGAUUUGAAGCUAACUGCUUGCCUGAACAGACUCCUUGUGAUAGUCCUAAAAGAACAAAAAUUGGAGGUAACAAGAAGCUAAGCAGCAUAUUGAGACAAAGCCUACAAAGGAAAAUUCAGAUGAAGUCUCCAUUGCAGCAACACAUGAGAAAGGGUGGUAUAAAUGUUGGGUUGGAGAAGGUUAGAGUCUCUAUUGGAAGUCGAGGGAGGAUGGCACAUAGAGUUUUUCAGGGCAAUAUCAAAAGAGCUGGAAUGAAAGAAUCUCAGCAGAAGCAGAUUCGAAAGGAAAAGGAGAGAGGGUGGAAUAUUGGAAAUGUAGGGAGAGCUAUUAUAUAAAAGCGCAUGAUUUCUUUUGUUCCAAACUGAUAAUUAUUUAGAGGUUAUCAUCUUGAAGCCUGCAUCAAUUAAAAGAGAAAAUUGUGUGGAUUGCUUGGAUGAUACUAAUCAUCUGUCUGAAUUCGUGUAUUUGUUAACCUUAAAUGGACUUGUUAAUGUACAGUUUUAGAAGUUUGUCAAUGGUACCUGUGCAAGGGUUUGUGGCACUAAA